AAUCCCAUACAUUGUGAUUCUCCCCAAAGAAGAAGGCACAUAUAUAAUGGGAAAAGAGAUGAGUAACGACAAGUCACAGCUGGCUAUCACUGUAGAGCAACUCAUUGCCGUUAACCCAUACAACCCUGAUAUCCUCCCUGAUCUUGAAAACUAUGUUAAUGAACAGGUUUCGUCUCAAACAUACAAUCUGGAUGCAAACCUUUGCCUGCUCCGUCUUUAUCAGUUUGAGCCGGAGAGGAUGAGUACACCAAUUGUUGCUCGUAUUUUGGUUAAGGCCCUUAUGGCAAUGCCAGCUCCAGAUUUCAGCCUCUGUCUCUUCCUAAUCCCAGAACGAGUGCAAAUGGAAGAGCAAUUCAAGACACUAAUUGUUCUCUCACACUACUUAGAGACUGCAAGGUUCCGCCAAUUUUGGGAUGAAGCUGCAAACAGCCGCCAGAUAGUGGAAGUUGUUCCUGGUUUCGAACAAGCAAUUCGAGCAUAUGCUGUUCAUGUCCUUUCAAUAACCUACCAGAAGGUUCCAAGGACGAUUCUUGCCGAGGCUAUCAACAUUGAGGGUCUGGCGUUGGAUAAGUUCCUUGAGCACCACGAAUCGAACUAUGGUUGGGUUCUUGAAAAAGGUCAGGGUAAGGGCCAACUCAUCACCCUUCCUCGCACUGAAUUCAACCAUCCAGAGCUCAAGAAAAAUACUGCUGAUAGUGUUCCACUGGAGCACGUUACGCGUAUCUUCCCCAUUCUUGGCUGAAGCCUGCAAUUGUAUCGGUAUAGAAUCUGGAGUUGCUUCUGAGUUGAGCGGGCAAUUUUUGCAUUGUGAAACACAUGUGAUUGUAGGUCCUUGCAUUUUGUGAACUUUAAUCGACUUAGGAGACGGUCCCUUCUUUUUACUGCCAGUCAAUUUAUUUUUGGAAGAUGUAAUACUUUUUGCUCGUGAAGUUUAUAAUGUAGUUGACGGGGGCAACUAUUUAUCCAGGGAAAUUUUAAGUCGAGAUGUAA